AUGGGCUCCCGAUCCAAAGGUACUACUUCAUCGAGUUUACAAUCAUUGGACAGUCGCACUGCAGACAGCAAGUCUCCAGGGAACAACUCCGCUCCUCAAUCGCCUAGGGAAGAAGCUGUAUACAGCAGCCAGGAAUACCCAAUCAAAUUUAUACUUGACGAGUCUGGUGGUAAAUAUUUGAUCGCGUGGGAGGGCCCCUUUGAACCGACUUGGGCUUGGGAACUUGAAAAGCAGAAGAGAUCUAUAUCUGCAAAACAGUACCAAGAGCAAAGACCUAAGCGCUCUUGUCAAGCUUAUUGCAAACCACUGGCUUUGCUAUCUUCUGCAUCACCUGUCACAUCCAGCCAGCAGAGCAUCGAGUCCCAGCAGCUUUCAUCUUCCAACCCAUAUUCUUGUAUCAAUUCUUUAUCUCAAAGGACUUCAUUAAGUGGGAGCAUCUUUUGUCCUGGGACAAGCUCCCAAAGGUCUCAGAUCUCUGCUUCUGGCUGUGCAAGUGGGAGCUCAUAUAUACCAUCAGCUGAGAAUCAAACAUUGUAUAACUCUACAACACCUAGAAGUUCCCAUCAAUAUAGUCAGGAUUGCAGUAUACCUGACUCCACUGCUGAUACCUGGGUACUUGAAUCAACUGCAAGUUCAUACACCUUGCGUGAAAGAGCAUUAAAAUUUGCAAACCCAUCUUAUCGGCAGUACCUCCAUCUGGGCGGGGAGGAACACCUCGAGCUCUCAAUAUACCCAUCUCAGGCUUCAUUUGCUUCUAAUACCAGCAAGAGCGCUCAUCCUACUCCUCUAAAAAACCAACAAAGCCAAGGGAAACCUCGCUCUCGGUCGUUUACUCACGAAGUACCUGAAACUCCGCCUUCCCGGCUAUUCUUCGAAGAGAGAUUGGAGGAUAGGUCAUCUGACCAAGUAAGCGAACAAAAUUUGGGGAUAAAUAGUCCAACUGGCCACAGGUUCAAUAUCCAAAGUGCUUCUGAGUUUCAGACGCCAUUUCCCAAGUCUACUGCUGGGACUGGAUUUUGCGAGUCCAUUCCUAAAUCAGAAUACCGGAGUGCUGAGGGUUGGCGCAGCUAUCUUAAACCAACAUUUGAACAAAAGCGGGCAUUUGACCAGGAAAAGACGUGCCCUUCAGAGGACGGCCAGCGAAGUAUUACCGAAAAGCUGCACUCGGCAUCGAAUAAUCAUCCUCCGCAAAUUUCAGCGAUUGUCGAAGAGGCAGAACACCAUACUCGAGGAACUAGUGUUUCUGAAAGGAUGAAGCAACUGUGGGAUACUGAUCGUGUUCUCCGAAAGCCACUCAAUAGCCUUACUCAAAGCACUACCCCCUCUUCUGCUGAAGAUAUCAACGCAUCGGCACCACCGAAUGCAUCAAACAUUGUCUCACCCCUUAAUGCACAGCUAGAAAAGGGCACUACAAGCAUCAUUGAGGGUGGGAAACAUAGUCCGACGCCGGUUCCAUUUGUUGCUCCCCAAGCUUUACAUUACAACGUCGAGCAAAUCACGCCUGCACCUGCCACUGUAGAGCCGAGUAUUCAAGCUGAGGCUACUGAAUUUGAUGUAUCCAGCACUCAAGAGCAAGAACCCGAUGCAUUGGAUCAAGAAGUCAAUGUUUUGGAUCUCAGUGAAAUGGAAUUUGCCAUUCCGCUUUCCAUGGACUGUCGGGUGAAGGACGAAUAUGAUAACACACUAGCAAGUGAGAACAAAUAUGUUGAGAAAUUUUUGGAAGUAUCACCGCAAUCGAGUGAAAUGGUGCUUUCGGAAGGAGAUAUGACAACAAUGGUUGAGAAACUUGACAAUAUUACAACACAUCCGGAUAUAAAUAUAGGAAGUCAGGCUGCUGGAGAUUCUCCAGAUACCGCAAAAGAAGCUCUUUGGGCUGAGUACUCAAGCUCGAAAUUCCAAUACCUUGGCUAUUUUAUUGAUGCGUCUAAGGAACUUGAGUUGCAUAUAAUCAUAAUGGUUAAACCAGGGAGAACAGUUGAUGUGGUUAAACGCUACUUGAUGGGAAAGCAGUUUAUCCAACAUUCUCCGCCGGAAGGUGGAGAUGGUGAUUCUCCCGCGGUUUUCAGCAAAGAGGGAAUCAGCUUUGAAGUACGCUCGACUGCUGACGAACGAGAAAUCCCACCCUCCAAACCACCGGCCCUCAUUAUAGCCUUGGAUAGCUCAUUUGACGCCAAUUUUGAACCUGUUAAGAAGCUGAGGAUUCGAUCAGAUUUCAGCGUGCUCAUUCCAGUUGUUCGUUUAAUUAUCGCUAAUACCGUUGAGCAUGUUAAGAUUUGCCUUCCCAUGUGCACUGAACUAACUAGCCUUCGCUUAUUGGUACAACACACCCUAGCCUGCAAUGAUGCCGCUGGUGAACUACAGGAUGAUGCCCUUGGUGUUCAAGAAAACGCCGAAGAAACGUUACUCUACAUCAUGGAAAACCCUGCUACAAGAACUUGGAAGCUUCCAUUGAUGGAGGCUUUGGAGAUAGAGGGGCAGCAAGAUGAAGGCCUGAUCUCUGAGCUUGAUCCAACAUCUUCGACCAAUGCCUCACGGCAAAAAAGAUGGCUGGAUGGCGAGAUGGGCGAUAGCACCAAUCCAUCAAAACGCCAGAGAAUCACUCCCACUCACGAUAUCACUCACAUUAGCGACUCAAUGAAAGACCAAACACAGACACAGAAUGUUGUAGAUACCUUAGCAACACAAUCUCAUUGGACGUCGCCCGCCACAACAGUUGAUAUCGAAAACCUUCGUCAUAUUCUAACGAGCACCAAAGCUAAAGUAAAUGAACUUGAAGCAAGCAUUGGUAGUCUCCAAUACCGUUAUGAAGCAAAACAUAACCUAUUACAUCAAACUAGGCAUGAACUUGAUGUGGAACGAGAGUCUGCGAAAAAAUCCCAGGCAAGGCUUGAGCGUCAGAAAGAAGAAAUAUCGAGGCUAAAGGAUCGAAAUGCCGGGUUAGUUGCGGAGCUAGAGGCGGCGAGAAACACUAUCAAAUCUGGAGGUGGACUAGAAGCAGAUCUAGAGAAAUCUCGGGAGGAUGUCAGAAGGCUCGAAAAGACAAUAGCUAGCCUUGAGCGGACCGUCCAACAGGAACGUUCGCAAACUGAAUAUACCCGACAACAAUACCAAACUGCCUCUACAUCGGCCGCACAAUCAGCGAUGGAAGCCCGUCGAUUGGAUGAAAGAGUCCAGGAUCUGGAAAAGAAAGCAAACGGCGAAGCCGUCAGGCUCAAAGAGCUUAAGAUGAAAAAAGAUGGAGAAAUGCAACUAGCCCGCAUCAAAGAAUUGGAGGCCCUACUUGCGACAAGGGAGGCCCUCCUGACAAGGAAGGAAGAGGAAAUUCGCGAAAUGAAAAAGAACCGCCCUUCCACACGGGCCACUAGCAUGCAACCCCGGAGUCCAAAGUACGGUGCUAGUCGGCCGUCUAGUCCCGGGCCUAACAAUAUCGGCUCGGCUGUUCGGGGAAGUGCUCUCAAAUUCCGGGCUGAAAUAUAG